UUGAGUAAUGGCGGCACAACCGGAAGAACAAGACCAACACCACCAACCCACAACCGUAGAACAACUCUCCGACCACCACCACUCUCAAAAGCUUCUACAUUCCUAUCUGGGUCUGAGCUUCUCUCUCUUUCUUUCCCUCAUUCCUAAAUCAUCAACGUCCUUCCUCUCAACUCUCCAAUCUCAGAACAGAAACCUCUGUCUCAAGCUUCUCGAAUCGGAGGACCAGCUGAAUCAGCUUGAGGAGAAGCGCCUCCUCCGUCAGAUUGAUUCCGGCGAGGAGGAAAUCACAGCCCUCCGUUCGACGGUGGAGGAGCUCGAGAAGUCCGAGGAUGAGAUGAGGCAAAAUGUUGAAAAACUCAGGAGAGAUAUUGAGGAGAGGGAUCGUGAGAUGUUGAAUUUCAUGGCGACGAGGUCGGAGUUCGAGGAAUUU